AUGUCGCAUGUUAUCCCCAAAUUUGUCAAACAAUGGAACGUCAUCAAGGGAGAAGGGUUCGAUUCUCUACAAUAUUCAGAACAGCCUCUUCCUGAAAUAGGAGAUAGCCAUGUUUUAGUCAGGUUAGAGGCUGCAUCUCUCAACUAUCGCGAUCUUGUGAUAGCCCAGGGGAAAACUGCCCAUGCCGUGGCACCCAACGUCAUUCCUGGUUCUGACGGAGCUGGAACUGUUGUCGCGGUGGGAAAGCAUGUGCGUCGCUUCGCUCCAGGCGACAGAGUUGUUACGGCAUUCUUCCAAGAUUUUAUCGGAGGGCGCUAUCAGCCAUCUACGUCCCUUUCCACGCUUGGAGGAGCAUUGGAUGGCACGUUUCGCACAUAUGGUGCCUUUAACGAGCAGGGACUUGUACGGAUCCCGCCAAGCCUGAGCUUUCUCGAGGCUUCAACUUUGACCUGCGCUGGGGUAACGGCAUGGAGCGCGCUCUUUGGACUUUCUGACUAUAGGGUGACUGCUGGUAAAUGGGUGCUGACGCAAGGUACCGGAGGUGUCAGUGUCUUUGCUCUACAGUUUGCAAAGGCAGUCGGCGCGAGAGUUAUCGCAACGACAGGAUCCAACGAAAAAGUUGAGUUUCUGAAAAGCCUUGGAGCAGAUUAUGUUAUGAACUACAAGGAGGAUGCCCAAUGGGGCACCACGGCUAGAGCCGUAACCGGAGGCGAAGGUGUUGAUCAUGUUGUUGAAGUUUCUGGCCCGGCUUCUAUGGCACAAAGUCUCAAGGCCGUCAAAGUGGACGGAGUCAUCGACAUUGUUGGCUAUCUGGGUGGUUCCACGGGCGACCAGCCCGGGUUUUCGGAUGCCUUCACGAACAGGUGCAUUGUCCGGCCGAUUGCCGUAGGAUCGAGAACCUUGCUGGAAGAUCUGUGCCGCGCCGUCGAGGCGAAUCCCGAGAAGCUCAGACCAGUCAUCGAUUCCAGGGUCUUCCGGCUCGAUCAGCUCAAGGAAGCAUGUGAAUAUCAGUGGUCGGGACAGCACAAAGGGAAGGUUUGCAUUGAGAUUUCUUGA